GUUCCGGGCCGCCGCCAGAGCUGGCCGCGGUGGCCGCCGCAGUCGCCGCGGACAAGUGGCCGCCGAUGCUGCCCGAGGCGGAUAAAAAGGACAAGAAGGCUGCCAAGGGCGACGACAAGGCUGCCAAGGAGGGUAAGGACGGCAAAGAUGGCAAGGACGGCAAGGACGGCGAGGCCGCGGACUCCAAGAAGAAGAAGAAGGAGAAGAACCGCAGCGCCAGCCGGAAGCGGAAGCGGGCCCGCAGCAGCUCCAGCCCGCCGAAGCGGUCGCCGAGCAGGGGCCGCAGGAGGCGCGGCAGAAGUGGCUCUGGAGACCGAGGCCGCCGCGGCAAGCGCUCACGGAGCCGCUCCGGCAAGGAGCAGAAGAAGAAGGCGGGGGAGAAGGAGCGCAGCGCGCCGCCGCAGGCGGUCCUCGACGCCCGAGGCGAAGGACAAGAAGAAGAAAGACCGCAGCCGCUCGGGCAAGCGGAAUGA